CUCUCAUCUGUCUCUUGGUUGCUUAGUUUUCCUGGUUGCUAAUCUCUUCUCAUUCACUCUAAUUCUCUAAAGAGAUGAGGAAGUUUUUGGUAGAUAGAACAAGGAUCGAGAAUGUAAAUGUUGUGCAACCGGAAACCGAAGUAGAAGAACCACCGCCUAAUGUGGUCAAUGAGUUUAAUCCAAAUGAGAUUGUGCGUGAUCCAGGUCUUAGGAAACAAAUUUGGGAGUAUGCUCCGGAUAUUCAAGACCAAGUGAGGAGGGCAUAUAUAUUGAAGGGUCCAACACAACCAAAUUUGGCAAGUUUUCCUCGUACUCAAUUUGGGAGGGAUGCAAGAUCAUUUUCUAGAUCAUGGUAUAACAAAUAUACAUGGAUUGAAUAUAGCGAAUCGAAGGAUGCAGCUUAUUGUUUUUACUGCUUUCUCUUUAAGCAACCCGGGAGGGCCGAGCACUUUGGUUAUGAAGUCUUCAACAAAGACGGAUUUAAAGAUUGGAAGCAUGCAUCUCAAGGAUUGAAAGAUCAUAUUGGUGGUCAUAAUAGUAUGCACAACAAAUGUAUCAAGCAUUAUGAUGAUUAUAAGAAUCAAAGACAAAGUGUGACAAGUAAGAUUGCUAGAGCAACUAGGGAAUCGGAAGAGUUGUAUAAAAUCCGCUUGACUUGUUCUCUUGAUUGUACUAAAUUUCUCGUAUCACAAGGCAUUUCUUUCCGUGGCCAUGACGAAACGUCUAAUUCUCUAAACAAGGGAAAUUUUAGAGAGUUGAUAGAUUGGGAAAAAUCAAAGAAUGAACAAGUGAGAGAUGCUUUUGACCGUGGGGGAAAAAAUUGCAAAAUGACUUGCGGUGACAUUCAAAAGGAUCUUGCAAUGUCUUGUGCACAUGAAGUUAUGAAGGUGAUUACGGAAGAGCUUGGUGAUAAACAAUUCUCUGUGCUUAUUGACGAGUCACGUGAUAUAUCCGUCAAAGAGCAAAUGGCGGUGAUGUUGAGGUUCUUGAACGACAAAGGGGAAGUUGUGGAACGAUUUCUUGCACUAUAUCAUGUCAAAGAUACUACUUCCGAGGCACUAAAGAAUGCUAUUCUUGAUCGUUACACGUUAUCUAUUUCAAGGAUACGAGGGCAAGGAUAUGACGGGGCUUCAAAUAUGAGAGGUGAAUUUAAUGGUUUGCAAAGAAAGAUCCUAGAUGAAAACCCUUAUACUUUCUAUGUCCAUUGUUAUGCUCACCGCUUGCAAUUGGUGAUUGUGUCCGUUGCUAGUAGUUUCUCAUCUAUUAAUGAUUUCUUUGAGUACAUAUCCUUAAUUGUAACAACAUCAAGUGCAUCUUGUAAGAGAAUGGAUGCUUUGACGGAGGUACAACACGAAGAUAUUUUGAGUAAACUAUCGAGUGGUGAGAUAUCUACAGGAAGGGGUUUGAACCAAUCAUGUAGUCUCGCUAGACCCGGGGAUACUAGAUGGGGUUCACAUCAUAUUACCUUGCUUCGUUUGGAUCAGAUGUGGUCCUCCGUGUUAGUGGUGCUUAGUAUGGUUGAUAAAGAUGGACGUGGACCAUCUCAAGCAGCGGGUUUGAUAGAAAAAAUGGAGAGCUUUAAAUUUGUUUUCAUUUUGAAGUUAAUGUUAAAGUUGUUUGGUAUCACAAACGAGCUUUCAAAAAUCUUGCAAAGAAAAGAUCUUAAUAUUGUGCUUGCCAUGGAUUUAAUUAAUGUUGUCAAAUCUCGGUUUGCCACAUUGAGAGAUAAUGGUUGGGAUAAUUUAUUUUUGGAUGUACAAGAAUUUUGUGUUGCUAAAGGUAUUCCGGUGCCAAAUAUGGAUGAUGAAAUACCGGUUAGGGGUCGUCCAAGACUAGAAGGGAGGACUGUCACUAAUCUUCACCAUUACCGUGCAGAGAUUUUUUAUGUUGCUAUUGACAAAAUAUGUGUGGAGAUGGAUCAUCGCUUUAGUGAAGGAAGUAACAUUGUCCUUGAUUGCUUCUCAUGUCUUGACCCCAAGAACUCUUUCUCCAAAUUUGAUGUUGAUAAGCUUGCUCGUCUUGCUGAUAUUUAUCAUGCUGACUUUUCUGAUGAUGAUCGUGGAACAAUAAGGGAGCAACUUGACACUUAUGUACUUCAAGUGAAAAGGCAUGCUUCCUUUUCUUCUUGUGAAGAUGUUCAAAGUUUGGCUAUGAAGAUGGUUCAAACUGAGAAACAUUUGGUAUUUCCAUUGGUCUACAAACUCAUUGAGUUGGCUUUGAUAUUGCCGGUGUCGACAGCAUCCGUUGAAAGAGCUUUUUCAGCAAUGAAGAUUAUCAAGACUAAAUUGCGCAACAAGAUUAACAAUGAGUGGUUAAAUGAUUUGAUGAUAUGUUACACCGAGCGGGAGAUAUUCAAAUCACUUGAUGACAUUGAUAUUAUUCGAACAUUCACCGCAAAGAAAUCUCAGAAAGGGCAUUUACCUCCUAAUUUUAUCUAGCACGCUAUUUGACAUGUAAUAUUCCAUAUCUCUUACUUCAAAU